AUGUAUAUUUAACAGAAGGAGAGAACAUGUUCAAGAGGAAGCGGCUGAAUGUUCAGGAAGAAGAAGCUAAAUUAUGUUCUAGUUCUCGAACUGAGUUCCGUGGAUGCAUUUUACAGUGUUUUGCCUUGUUGAAAAAUGAAUUCAUGGUGACUGCCUAAAUAUUAACCCUUUGAAGUUGACUUGUGAAAAGACGAAUCAACGACUGUGAAAUGGUUCAUUUAAAAGGUCUCUUUGUUAACGAUCAUGAGGAGGGCAGCACACCACUGUUGCCCGAGGCGGAGAGUUACUCGUUUCAGCACAGAAGGGCAGAGUCCAGGGAGAUUUUCCUUGGAAGGGGAAAGAACCUUGUCCUGAGCAUUUUUCUACUGUUGGGUUCCUACUCAGCAAUUCUUAUCCCUGCUUAUCUGCCAACGACACAGCCUAACUGGGCAAAUGAGAGUUUUUCAGAAGAAGCCAAGGCUCUGCUGAACCAAUCUGCGGUUUUGCUGUCCCGGGUCUGCCAACCUCAGUGGACCAGAGACAGGCUCCAGAGACUGGCUGCGCUGUCGGACCUCCAGGAGAUUCCCGUGUUUCUGCAGAACGGGAAUGAAGAUGAGGAGCUGCCCCCUCCGAUGGGUCUGCAGGGCACUGGAGAGAUGGUCAACCGAACCCUGAGCACCCUUCCCAAGACCAGCCUGCCUUCCACUCCAGAGACGUGCAGGAGAUGUGUGGUGGUUGGCAGCGGGGGGAUUCUGCACAGCAAACAUCUUGGGGCGCACAUAGAUCGAUAUAAUAUAAUUAUCAGGAUGAACAAUGCUCCAGUGAAGGGGUUCGAGAGGGACGCUGGAUCCAGAACCACAAUCCGCCUAAUAUAUCCAGAGGGAGCCCCUCAUUCGCCAUGGGAGUACCACAACACAGAAAUAGCAGCCUUGGUCGCAUUUAAAGGCUUGGACUUUGAGUGGCUUACUUCUGUAGUAACCAAGGAGCCUUUGAGCUGGUGGUCUAAGCUGUGGUUCUGGAAGAACGUGAUAGAUACUAUUCCCCUCAAAGCAGAAAACUUUCGCAUCCUGAAUCCCAAAAUAGUGUACAAGACAAGGCUGGUUCUACAGAGUUACGUCAAACAGCAGCGAACGAUCAUACCCACUCUGGGUGCCACCGCAGUGGUUCUGGCUCUUCAGCUGUGUGAUGAGGUGAGUCUGGCGGGUUUCGGCUACGACAUGCAGCACCCCGGAGCCCUGCUACAUUACUACGGGACCCUGCGGAUGGACACUAUGAUGACGCAGGUGGUUCACGACGUCAGUGCCGAGACCUUGUUUCUGCGGCAGCUGGUUACCGAGGGAGUCGUGCACGACCUCACGGGAGGCAUCUGCCAAGGGGCCAAGUGUGAGUGAUCUCCGCGGAACGGGACGCACACGCACCUGGCUUCUCCACCCAUACGCAGGGCUUACCAGUGACCACCUCAAGGUCAGGGUGUGGAAGAGCUGGUUGGAGGGUGGAAAGCCAAAGCACUAAGGACUUCUACAAUCAGUUCUACAGUGGAGACCAUUAGCAGUCGUUCAAGAGAAAAAAAAAAGUGUUUUAGGUGAUUCUUUCAUAACUAUAAAAUGUCACAGUUUACAUUUCACACAUUUUUUCAAUGUAAUUCUACUGGAAUAUUUUUCAAUCAGACACAUAAUUAAAACUCAAAAUGGCAACAUCGUAAGUCUAGUACUAUUAAUUUCAUAAAAUUUCUCAGUGCUCUUUGAAUCACUUCAGAAAGCAGAUAAAGAGACUAAUUCCAUUUUCAGUGUUUGAACAAUGAAGUCUUACAUUUUAUUAAGACUAAAAUAUUAAACAAAAUCAUUGUUGUCAAGAGUUUGACAGACUUUAUGCAAAUAUAUCGCCACAAUCACAAAGUUAAAAGGUUGUUAACACAGACUGACAAAUCAUCUGGGCAUCUGUGAUACCUUCAUGUAAUUUUUUAAAAAAUAUUAAACGGUGAUACCCGUAA